UAAAAGCGCAUCUCGCUUAUCCGGAAGAAAAGUGACACAACUCAAAAAUGCAUAAAUCGAGUUAUCUUGUUAAAUGACUCCAAAUUCCAAAUAUCUAUCUAUCGAGUCGCUUAAAAGUUGGAAUCCAAGGUCACGUGAACACUCCAUGCAAGCAUCGACUGGUCGUUCAAAGCCAGACGUUCUAAGAACCGUUUACACCGUCAUUGUUUGUGUUUCGCACGUCUGCUGGUGAAUUUCGUUAAGAGGAUCGGUGUCCCUUGCGAAGACAUCCAAAAUGAAGAAUGCAAUGCAAUAUUAAAAUAUUCCGGAAAUAACUUCAACCAAAAUUUAACUGCCACUACGGAUGUGAAUAUCGGAGAAAAAUAUUUUGAAUGUGAGAUAUGCUUCAAAAAAUUAAAAAGAAGAUUUAAUUUAAAAAUACAUAUGAGAGUGCAUACUGGUGAAAAACCAUUUGAAUGUGAAAUUUGUACCAAACAGUUUUCAACAAACUUACUUUUAACUAGACAUAUAAGAGUGCAUACUGGUGAAAAACCAUUUAAAUGUGAAAUUUGUACCAAACAGUUUUCAACAAACUCACUUUUAACUAGACAUAUCAGAGUGCAUACUGGUGAAAAACCAUUUGAAUGUGAAAUUUGCACCAAACAGUUUUCAACGAAACAAGUUUUAAAAGCGCAUAUGAGAGUGCAUACUGGUGAAAAACCAUUUGAAUGUGAAAUUUGCACCAAAAAGUUUUCAACGAAACAAGUUUUAAAAUGGCAUAUGAGAGUGCAUACUGGUAAAAAACCAUUUGAAUGUGAAAUUUGCACCAAACAGUUUUCAACGAAACAAGUUUUAAAAUGGCAUAUGAGAGUGCAUACUGGUGAAAAACUAUUUGAAUGUGAAAUUUGCACCAAACAGUUUUCAACGAAACAAGUUUUAAAAGGUCACAUGAGAGUGCAUACUGGUGAAAAAUCAUUUGAAUGUGAAAUUUGCACCAAAAAGUUUUCAACGAAACAAGUUUUAAAAUGGCAUAUGAGAGUGCAUACUGGUAAAAAACCAUUUGAAUGUGAAAUUUGCACCAAACAGUUUUUAACGAAACAAGUUUUAAAAUGGCAUAUGAGAGUGCAUACUGGUAAAAAACUAUUUGAAUGUGAAAUUUGUACCAAACAGUUUUCAAAAAACUCACUUUUAACUAGACAUAUGAGAGUGCAUACUGGUGAAAAACCAUUUGAAUGUGAAAAUUGCACCAAACAGUUUUCAACAAAACAUAUUUUAAAAUUGCAUAUGAGAGUACAUACUGGUGAAAAACCAUUUGAAUGUGAAAUUUGUACCAAACAGUUUUCAAGAAACUCAAUUUUAACUAGUCAUAUGAGAGUGCAUACUGGUGAAAAACCAUUUGAAUGUGAAAUUUGCACCAAAAAGUUUUCAACAAAACAAGUUUUAAAAUGGCAUUUGAGAGUGCAUACUGGGAAAAACCAUUUGAAUGUGAAAUUUGCACCAAACAGUUUUCAAAAAACACAGAUUUAACUAGACAUAAGAGGGUGCAUACUGAUGAAAAAUCAUUUGAAUGUGAAAUUUGCACCAAACAGUUUUCAACAAAACAAGUUUUAAAAUGGCAUAUGAGAGUGCAUACUGGUGAAAAACCAUUUGAAUGUGAAAUUUGCACCAAACGGUUUUCAACGAAACAAGUUUUAAAAUGGCAUAUGAGAGUGCAUACUGGGAUUGAAUGUGAAAUUUGCACCAAAAAGUUUUCAAAAAACACAGAUUUAACUAGACAUAAGAUGGUGCAUACUGAUGAAAAAUCAUUUGAAUGUGAAAUUUGCACCAAACAGUUUUCAACGAAGCAAGUUGUAAAAUGGCAUAUAAGAGUGCAUACUGGUGAAAAACCAUUUGAAUGUGAAAUUUGCACCAAACAGUGGUCAACGAAACAAGUUUUACAAUUGCAUAUGAGAGUGCAUACUGGCGAAAAAACAUCUGAAUGUGACAAUUGCACCAAACAGUUUUCAAGAAAAACACUUUUAAAGCUGCAUAAUACAUACUGGCGAAAAACCAUUUGGAUGUGAAAUUUGCACCAAACAGUUUUCAAAGAAAGAAGUUUUAAAACGGUAUAUGAUAGUGCAUACUGGUGAAAAAUCGUUCUCGUGCAAAAUAUGCUCCAAAUAAUUUUCACACAGUUCUAGUUUAACAGCACAUAUGAAAACACACACUUGUGAUUAGGAUAAGAUACGAUAAGAUAAAAGUGUCAAAAAUCGGAUGAUUGUAAUUGAUUUUUUGUUGUACAAUGAAAAAAUAAAUAGAAAAAAUGCGUUAUAAUAG